GGUGGGAUGAAGGAACUCAGAAGGGUGUUCCCUGCUGACGCAAUAAAGGUUGGUUGAGAAACUCCUGAGUGAAACAGACAUCAGACAUCUAGAAUACUACGUCAGUGUGCCCACCGAUCUUCAGAUGCUUUCAUGGCAAGGAGUGACAGAGUGACAGCUUCUUUACAGACGAUCGCCCAGGUGCCUGAAGAAAGCACUAGACCAUUAAAUCCCAUGCAGGCAGUGGUUCCAAGGCCAGGCCAACACAGAAAGCCCAUGACAGCUCUAAAGACUCAGAAAGACAAGGCGUCUAAGAGGAAGAAAGUGUUGCUGACUGUCUUGACAGUUGUGGUCCUACUGGGCAUACUGGCCACUGCAGGAUACUUCAUUAAGCAGCUGAUUGACAGCAAAUAUUUCUUCUGCAAAAGUUCGGUGAAGUUCAUCCCAAUAGACAAAGCCUGUGACGGGAAAGAUGACUGUGCUGGAGGAGAGGAUGAAGUUACAUGUGUGGCAAGCUUUACGGUCAACACUAGCUAUCCAGUGCGUCUCAUGACAGGGAGUCAGGUCCUUCAGGUGUACAAUCGUGGCAAAGGUUGGCGCAGUGUGUGUAGCGACAGCUGGAACAACCAGCACACGGAGACAGCAUGCAAACAACUAGGCUACACAAAUAAACCUCGUAGCACCAAUGUCCGAGUGGACACCUUGAUGUCUUCCCUGAAAACAUUCACAGUUAUCAGGCCUGGUACUUCGAACACACCCAUACAUCAGGCUACCAUAGACACCAAUGCAUGCAGAUCUGGAUCUGUGGUAUCUUUGUCCUGCUCAGACUGUGGACAGGUGCGCUUUGACGGGCGUAUUGUCGGUGGAUCCGAUGCUUCAAUUGAGGACUGGCCCUGGCAGGUUAGCCUGCAACAGGGGGGCAACCACGUAUGUGGAGGCUCACUGGUGUCACCGCGUUGGGUUGUCACUGCCGCCCACUGCUUUACUGGUGAUAAAAAGGAGCUGAGUCGCUGGAGAGUGGUGUCAGGCCGGACGUACAUGGGCUCACUUGGAGGUUCCUAUGUGGACAGGAUCCUAUUGAAUGGAGACUAUAACCCAGCACGAAACGACUAUGACAUUGCACUGAUGAGACUCAGCAGCCCAAUCGCAGUGGGAGAGAGCCGCAAGCCGGUUUGUCUACCUCCUAAAGCUUUUGGCCUUCCUGCGUCAGCCUCCAUGGCUGUGACCGGCUGGGGAUACCUAGAGGAAGGAGGUAAAGUUUCUCCUUCACUUCAGGAGGCCUAUAUCCCUCUGAUAGACCAGGCUCAGUGUUCCAGCCCCACAAUGUAUGGUAGUGCCAUAACACGAAGGAUGAUCUGUGCCGGUUUACUGGAGGGGGGAGUGGAUGCCUGCCAGGGGGACAGUGGGGGUCCUUUGGUGUACCUCACCUCCACUAAAUGGCAUCUGGUUGGAGUGGUGAGCUGGGGCGUUGGCUGUGCCCGGGAGGGAAGACCAGGUGUUUACUGCAACGUUGAAGAGAUGUUAAACUGGAUUCAAACAGUCAUUGAGAAAAACCCCUGAGGUCCUCCAACGUGACAAGCAGCCACCUCAAGACUCCCGUCAAGUCUACCCUGGACAGCCUGUGACACUAAAAGAAAGCUUUUAAUUCAAUGUGGUUGACUGAAGAUGGGAGACAGAAGUAGAGAAAGGGGAAGUUGAAGAUCGUUCUCAGCAGCAACACAGAAAAACUGUUAAACGCAGCCAUAUGAAAGAUCACUAUGCACACACAAACACACACACACACACACACACACACACACACACACACACACACACACACACACACACACACACACACACACACACACACACACACACACACACACAUUUCAUACAAAACUUUUUCAGGUGUUGUUUGGGCCAUUUCAGGUUCUUAUCUCAGGGGACAAGUAUAUUUAUGUUAUGUGUCACUGGCUGGUCUGGGAUGGUUUAAGUUUAAGCUUUUAAAAUGUUUUAAUUUGACAGACCAAAUUUACUGAUGAAUACAAUUUUUUUUAAAAGUCAUUGGUAUUUAAGUGAGGACUUGGUAAUAAGGGCAAAACUUGUUUUGACUGGGAAGAUUUUGGACCUUACCAGGCUGGCAGACCUUAACCAUAAUGCACUUAAUUACUAUGUGCUAUAAUUUUCAGUGUGCAAUGUGUGAGGAGUGUUCAUAUGAUACUACAACUGCUGUUAGGAAAGGUGACUGACAGGUUAAACAUGUGCUAUGCUAAUGUCAGCUGUAAUCAGUGUGAAGCUUCAGGAUAAUAUUACCAAUAUAAGUAAUUCCAAGUCCAGGAAUUUAAGACAUUCAUGGCACUGAUUCAGUUGAUCUGAUGUGUGUCCUGAUUACAGUUAAAAUGCACCUUUAUACAACACAUAUGUUGUGUUUGCAAAUUUAUUUAAAUGAGCACUUUAAGUGGAAAGUGAGAAUUUCUGGACCUUACUGUAUGUACAGAUGAUUCAAGUUGCUAGUCUAAUAAUGCACUGAAGUCUAAAACUCAAUAUACACUGUUAUGUGUUCAUAGGGCCUCCACAGUGAGUUUCAAAGUGCAAGUGCCUUCAGAAAACUCACACCACAGCCAGAAUAUUCAGAGUGGGGUACACUGAGUUAUUCCCUUCACAGCUAAAGGAAUUGAAAUGUAAAUAAAUCUAUUUUAUUUCCUAAAGUUUAAAAUUGACCAACAGAGAUUAUAUAAUGCUAAUUUGUAAAAUGUAUGCACUCAGGCAAAACCCUGUCAUUCCUUUUUCAUUUAAUCCUUCCAUUUGUAGCAAAGUAAAAGAAUACAUCUACCUGUAUUUCUGGUUUAUAUAUCAUUCUCUUCACUAUGGAGAUCUACACAAAAAUAGUUUAAAUUGGCACCUCGGAAUUUAAAAACAGUAGUUAAUUACUUGUAUAUAUAUAUAUAUAUAUAUAUAUAUAUAUAGGAAUACAUUUAUUCUAAGACUUGGUGCGUGCCACGGUGGCUGAUAACAUUUGACUGUAUAUAUGGUACAAUUUGUUGAUUUUUAUAUACCUGUAAAUAGGUUGUAAAUAUAAUAAAGACAUUCUUCUGCAACUUGGCAAUUGUUUGGUCACACAACUGCACGUAUGUGCAGAAAACUGGAUCUCUCUCUCUCUCUCUCCU